UCAGGCGGUAUAUUAUGGAUAAAUCCGCGGUCUAGUGACAAAAACAAAAACAAUUAAAAACAAUAUAAAAAACCGAUUUAAGCACACAUUUUAAAAAUGAAUUAGCCAGGAAACUACGAGCAAAUAAUCCCGCAUAAUGAUUGACGCGGCGUCUGCCGAGCUGGCCAGCCACAAAUUGAAUGCACAAUUCGAUGACAAUCUGAAACUGGCACACGAAGAGGAGAAAAUAAACCAUGUCAAUGGAAAAGAGGCGCCGCAACCGACACCCGCCGAACUGCAGACAUCGUAUCGAAGUCUGUUUGUCUCUUGCCAAGAACACGCCGCAUUCUUUGCCAAAGAUCAUACUGAAUUUGGCCAACGGUUGCAUGCCGCCCACAUUGCCUGGCAGGACUUUAUAGUACUUGCCAACCGACUAGUCCUGCAAAUCGAGGCCUUUGCCCAUGAGUACGACUUUGAUGAGCACACACCGGGUAAUGGAUAUCGCAGCUUCGUUUACGUGACCAACGCAUGCAUUUCACAUGGCAUCAGCAUAUGCAAACAGCUGCUGGCCACACGCAGCACUAUGUUUUUCCGGAAAAAGGUCUACAUGAAGGAGGUGGAGGCCUGCUCGCAGCUGCUUUCCUCGAUAUGCACUUGCCUGCAGUAUCUCCUCAUACUGCGUCAAUGGUCGGCCAAUACUGGAGAUCUGUUUGCCUGCGGCACGCACACUGCAGAGCAGCUCUUCGAGUUGGGCGACACCAUCAAUCAGUAUUGUUUCUAUGGACGUUGCUUGGGAUUCCAGUACGGCGACUCCAUUCGUGGUAUUCUACGCUUCCUGGGCAUCAGCAUGGCCAGCUACUCCGAGUCUUAUUACUCACAGGCGGAUGAUGGGACUAUUGUAAAAACCACGCGCAGCCUCUGGACCAGUGGCAAGUACCUAAUGAACCCAGAGCUACGAGCCAGGCGCAUUGUCAACAUCUCGCAAAAUGCAAAAAUUGACUUUUGCAAGUCAUUCUGGUUUCUGGCCGAGUCGGAGCUGAUGCACAAAUUGCCCAGCAUCGUGGGCAGCUCCAUUAAGGUGAAUCGACUAAUCGAGUUGCCAGCGGAGCCUUUUCAGUUACCGCAACGAAAGAACUUUAAGGCGAGUGAGAAAGUCGGCAGCGAUGUAAACCAGAAUCAAGGCAACGAUGAUGAUGCCAUACAAUUUGUGGACAUAGCCGUACCCAGUGCUCAUCUGGGACCCGGUCUGCCUAUUUCUGUGCGUCUGCUCAGUGCCAAGCGCCGAUCUGGAAUGCUAGGCGAAGGACGCUAUCGCGGUUGGCACAAGCCCACUCCCCCCAGUCGUUCCAUAUUGUUUCACUGCCAUGGUGGUGGCUUCGUGGCGCAAUCAUCAAAAUCUCACGAACUCUAUCUUCGAGAUUGGGCUGUAGCUCUGGACUGCCCCAUACUUUCGGUGGACUACAGCCUGGCACCGGAGGCUCCCUUUCCGCGGGCCCUUCAAGAAGUCUUCUAUGCGUACUGUUGGCUAUUGAAGAACGCCGGGCACCUGGGAACGACUGCUGAACGAAUAGUGUGUGCAGGUGACUCUGCUGGUGCGAAUCUGUCCAUCGGAGUGGCUCUGAAAUGCAUUGAGCAGGGUGUGCGUAUCCCGGAUGGACUGUUUCUGGCCUACUGCCCGACCCUCGUCAGUUUUGUGCCGAGUCCAGCCCGUUUGCUGUGCCUCAUGGAUCCCUUGCUGCCGUUUGGCUUCAUGAUGCGGUGCCUGCGUGCCUAUGCAGCGCCCGCCAAGGAAACUUUGCAGCAGAAUGCCAAGCAUGUGGAGGAGGUUGCCCAAAUACGCAAUGCGCCAAAGUCGUCACUGGGAAGUGCAACUUCCAGUCGGCGCACCUCAUUGGCCAGAAGUACUCUAACAUCUCUGGAAGCGAAUGCCGAUCAAGAUGACGAGAGCAGUGAUACUUUUGCCAGUGCCUCGGCUUCGUACCACAGCCAGACCGUGGAGCGAACCGAGUUGCCCAACAGCGAGGGCGACAACAGCUCGUGCGUGUCUUUCGAGGACGAUUCGCAGCCCAUUGUUCAUUAUCCUGUUGAGAUUUCAGCGGACACUCCCAAGGAUCUCGAAUCCGCUGCCUAUAUUGAUCAGUUUUUGGAUAAAUAUCUUAUUGACACGGCCACCAUGGAAGUGACCGAGGAGACUACACUCCCAGUACCACAAGUAACAUCCAAUGGCCUUGUCAAGAACAUUUCUGAUGAGAACAUUCUGGUAGAGACGGGACGUGACUUCAUUGCAAUGGACACACUGCAGGGCCGGUGGCAAGAAGCCGUCAACAAUAUAACCAACACCCUAUCGCGCUGCACAAAGUCUUACGAAAUUCAUGGCAGCAGUGCUAUCAGCCCGCAGGAUGUGCGCAAUAUGGAUGCAUUGAUAGCUCGCAGUCCCAGCGAGGAGUUUGCCUUCGACGUGCCUAAGGAUCCGUUUUUAUCGCCUUAUUGGGCUAGCGACGACUGGCUGUCCCAACUGCCAGAGACAAAGAUUCUCACUCUGAACAUGGAUCCCUGCCUUGAUGACUGCGUCAUGUUUGCCAAGAAGCUCAAGCGCCUGGGACGUCAAGUAAACUUGGAAAUACUGGAGGGUCUGCCACAUGGAUUUCUUAAUUUUACUAUGUUGUCAAAUGAGGCUAUGGAUGGAUCCAAGCACUGCAUUAAAUCAUUGCAGGCACUACUCGAGAUCACAUAAAACCACAGCAAAUUAUGACAAGACAAGAACAGCAGACAAUGAGAAAUCCACCAGUCCAGCCCCAGUGCAAUUUCUACAGAUUCACAAUAGCGGUUGAAUAUAAUUCCACUUGAUCCAGUGACUUGGAAAUAUAAGCACGUAAUGGUUUAUUCGGUCGACAAUAGUGUUUAAUGACCUCCCCGAGUGAUUCCUUCCAACCAAUUAGUUUGGAGGAAAGCACAAAAUGUUCUUUGCUAUACGCACUUUACUUGCUUUAUAUUAGUUUUGCAAUCUCAAGCGUUUUUGAUACACUUUUAUACGGUUUGACACAGAUUUUUUUAUGCUUUAUACACAUAUACACAUACAAAUUAUAGAUAUGGUAGGUUAAGGUUUUUAGUAUAAGCAAGCCAAUUAUUCAAGUAUUGGAAGCAUGUAAACAUGCGAUAUUUAUUACAUAUAUAUACGUAUAUAUAUUUAUGUAUGUACAAUGAUCUAUGUUCCAGGCACACACUCGCUAACAGUCAUUUAAUGUACAACGUGCCGAAUAUGUGCCUGAUACGAUAUACAUGUACUAUAUAAGCAAAGCAUUCAAAUAUCCGUAUAUUCACAUCCCCAAUUAAGAGUUUGUGCAUACAUAUGUAUAUUUUACACAAUGGAGGCUAGCAAGUUAUACAUACAUAUAUAUUUCAAAUAUGCUGGAGAUAUGCUUAGUUUUCUUUGCCUAUCCCACGGGAAACCUUACGACUCUAUCUCUGAAUUUCAUCAGGUGUUUGCUAUAUAAGUUCAUAUACGUUUGUAAUCUCUCUCUCUAAACUAUACCCCAGUGCAGUGUUAUACAUCUAUGCGAAUAAACGGUUAUUGCCAUUCAAUAUAUCCACCUUC